UAGCGCAGUCGUUUCCUGCGUCUCUUCUGAGGUGUCAGAUACAGAGGUGUGCAGCGCAGUCAAAGAUCUUUUGUAUUGUUUCUCCACCCACAGUGGAACUUCAUUAUUGGUUCUGCCUGUCCUCACCGUGUGGAUGUUGUCUAUGAGAGACAGGCGGUAUUGGUUUUGUUUCUUUGGGCCGCAGUCCACUACAGGGGUGUAAACUGAAGAGGUCCUUGUGGAUUUAGAAUAACUGGGCAAGGUGUGGUGGAGGACAUGGCAUCCCUCCUAAUGCGUAUCUUCCGUCUGGGGGCGGAGAAGAAGAGGGUGAAGCAGUACGAGAACCUCCGCCGAGACGUGGAUCCACGGGAAACCUGGGAAACCCAGGGGGAGCUGGGAGAUGGGGCCUUCGGGAAGGUCUACAAGGCCCAGAACCAGACCACUGGGGCACUGGCUGCUGCUAAAGUUAUGGAAGUGCGCACAGAGGAACAGCUGGAGGACUACAUAACUGAAAUUGAUAUCCUGUCAGCCUGUAGGCAUAGCAACAUCCUUGCCUUGUUGGAUGCUACCUUCUUUGAGGGUUGGUUAUGGAUCCUGGUUGAGUUCUGCCCCGGGGGGGCAUUGGAUGACAUCAUGUUAGAGUUGGAGCGAGGGCUGUCCGAGCAGCAGAUCAGUGAGGUGUGCUGUCAGACUCUGCAGGCUCUGUCCUACCUGCACCAGCACCACAUCAUCCACAGAGACCUGAAGGCAGGCAACAUCCUCCUUACCAUGGAGGGGCAAGUCAAACUAGCCGAUUUUGGAGUGUCUGCCAAAAACACAAACACCCUUCAGAAAAGAGCCACCUUCAUCGGAACACCUUACUGGAUGGCUCCAGAAGUCAUCCAGUGCGAGACCUCCAAGGAAAACCCAUACGGCCCCAAGGCAGACAUCUGGUCUCUGGGUGUGACGCUGAUCGAGGCUGCAGAGACGGAGCCCCCUCACCACUCAUUAAACCCCAUGAGGGUCCUGCUCAAAAUCACCAAGUCACCCCCACCGACCCUCAGCAACCCCCGCCUAUGGUCUUCCCAUUUCCAGGAUUUCCUGCGGAGGGUGCUGCAGAAGAACCCAGAGGCUCGGUGGGGAGCCCAGCAGCUCCUAGCUCACCCUUUCCCCUGCGCUGGACGGAACGGUCGGGCCCUGAAGGAACUCAUUGCCGAGGCCAAGGCUGAGGUGAUGGUGGAGACAGCGUCCCUGAUAGACCACAGUGACUCCUUGGACGAGGGCACGGUCAUGGUGCUGGAUGGAAAGACAGAACAGUCUGAUCAGCAGAAUGAGGAGACACCGCAGGUAGCAGAACAGCCUCAGGAGGCCCCACCUGUCAUAGAGACUGGUAUGACUCCACCUCCACCCAAACCCCAUCCAGCCACUUCUUCUGCCCCAGUGAAUGAUGCUGGUAGGGGUGGGGAGACUGCCAACAAAGACAAGGUCAAAAAGAGGGCCAGACGUCUGUCGGUUUGGGAGCCAGGGACCUUCCGUUCCUUUCUGGCGGCUGGUUCUCGUCGAUGCAGGUCCGGCUUCUGGGGAGACACUCCAUCGAUUCCAGACAAUAAGCAAAACAAGGUGGUCAGUCCCACUGGCCAAUCAGAAGAGCAGGAAGUGUCAAGUCCAGCAGAAGAAAGGGAUGCGGGAAAUGCAGAGAAGGAUCUGAGUGAGAACACUGGGAGGGACAGCGUAGAUGGAGGGAUCGCUCACACUCUUCCAGAAACAAAUGACACUUUAGAUGAUGCAGGAAAGGAAACAAAACAGGACGGCCUGAUAAAAGAUUUGUUAAUCCAAAUGCACAGUCAACUGGUUAUUGCCCUGUGUUUAGAAAAGUCCCAUCCAACCAUAAAGAACAAAGGAGAAAAACAGCGUUCAGUGCUCGACUUCCUGGAUCUGUCCACUUAUAACCACUUCAAGGUGGACAACAGAGGGAAUAUAAAUGAAGAGACAAAAGAGAGUAACAAAGACAAAAAUACUGAAGGGACCAAGAAGGAUACACAAGAGCAGAAAGAAGAAGACCACAAGGCGGCCAUUUUGGAAGAGAAAGAACUACCUGCUAGAAGAGAUAAUGAAGGAAAGCUUGAGGACAGAAGUACUGAAGAAAGGGAUGAGAUGCAAAUAAAUGAAGAAGGAACACAAGACAGGACAUAUCGGGGAUCGAAACAGGAGGACAAUGUGGAGUUAAAGACACACGAGGAAGAGACAAGCAACUGUCCAGACAUUAAGGGAACUCCAGACAAUGGAAUUGAUUUAGAAGAACAUCAGGAAAGUCAUGAAAUGGAAGACCGAGAUAAGAGCUCAAUUGAAGACAAUGAAACAUCAGAACAAACAAAAGCAAUGCAGACUCAAACAGGACAGAAAAAAGUAGAGGACAGAGUAGAGGACAGAGUAGUGAACAGAGUAGAGGACAGAGUAGAGGACAGAGUAGUGGACAGAGUAGAGGACAGAGUAGAGGACAGAGUAGUGAACAGAGUAGAGGACAGAGUAGAGGACAGAGUAGUGAACAGAGUAGAGGACAGAGUAGAGGACAGAGUAGUGAACAGAGUGGAUGAAAAAAAUAAACAGACAAACAAGGAGCUUAGAUUAAACAGUGAUGACACAGUGAUAAUUCAAACACAAGAAAUUGAUUUGACAGUAAAGCAGGAAACUCAAAGAGAUAGAGACCAAGAAGAAAAGAUGACAGACAAACCUGAAACAACUUUUGAAGUGGAGACCAUUGAAAAUGAGACCGGUAUGAAAACAGUGACAGAAGAUGAAAUUGCUGAUUUUGAAGAGACAGGGUGUCAAAAUGUAGACAGAGCAGAAGUCAGAGUUGCGAACAGAGUGGAGGAUGGAGUAGAGGACAGAUUAGUGGAUGAAGCAGAGAACAGGAUAGGGGAAGGAGUAGAGAACAGAGUGGAGGACAGAGUAGUGGACAGAGUAGGGGGUGGAGUAGAGAACAGAGUACAUGAUGGAGUAGAGAACAGAGUAGGGGAUGGAGUAGAGAACAGAGUAGAUGAUGGAGUAGAGAACAGAGUAUAUGAUGGAGUAAAGAACAAAACGGAUGGAGUAGAGGACAGAGUAGGGGAUGGAGUAGAGAACAGAGUAGGGGAUGGAGUAAAGAACAGAGUAGGGGAUGGAGUAGAGGACAGAGUAAGGGGUGGAGUAGAGGACAAAGAGGAAGACAGAGUAGAGGACAGAGCGGGGGACACACUUGAGGAUGGAGUAGAGAAUGGAGUAGAGGACAGAGUCGAGGACAGAGUUGAAGACCGAGUAAAGCACAGAGUGGAGGAAAAAGAUAAACAGACAAACGAGGAGCUUCGAUUAAAAAGUGAUAACAUAGAGAUAAUCCAAACACGAGAAAUGUCCGUAAAGCAGGAAACCCAAGAAGAGAAAGACAAAGAAGAAAAGAUGACAGACCUCCCAACUGGGGAACCUAUGAUUAGGGUGAACUUGACCAUGAAAUCGGAGAGUGUGAGGGACGAAGAAAAGAAGGAAAAUGGCAAGGAGCUUAAGGAAGGAGGUCAGAAGGAGGCUAGUCAGACCCAGUUAAACAUAAUUAUUGAACCAAGCUCAAUCAGGUCUCAGGGACCAACUACGAACACAGAACACCUGAAAUCAGCAUCUAAUGGAAACUUGCACCAAGACAUAGAAAAUCAACCCAAGAUGGCUGCCACUGCAGACCAGGCCGGCACAACACCGAAAGAACAUUCAGUCUCAACAAUAACCAUACCUGUUAAGGAGUUCCCUAACAGGAAGACGGUCAAAAAAACCCGCAAGUUCAUGGUGGACGGUCGAGAGGUCUGUGUCACCACAUCAAAGGUCCUGAAGGAGACUGACGUUAAGGAGAAGCACAUGCAGUCCGCAAGGCGCCAGGAGCUGCAGGCUCUAAAGCUACUUCAGCGGGAGGAGCAGAGAGAGUACGCCCAGAUGGAGCAGCGACUGCAGCAGCAGAGAGAGAUUAUGUUCCGUCAGAUCGCCCAGGAGAUGACCAGCAAAAAGCAGUACUAUGACACUGAGCUGGAACGGGUGGAGAAACAGUACGUGCAGCAGAGCAGCCGCAUGGAGGCGGAGCACACAGCCAAGCUUAGAGAGGACGCCCGCAGAAUCAAAAGCCAGCAGGAGAGAGAGCUGAACCGCAAGGCUGUCCUACUGAAGGCUCAACCCAGUGAGGAACAGCGUUUUCUGCAGAAGCAGCAGCAGGAACUAAACGAGACGCUCCAGAAAGGAGUUCAGGAACACAAAAGGAAGGUAGCAUCUAUGGAGUGGGACAUCACAGUGAAGACGCAGCAGCUUAAGAGAGCCCGGGAAUCAGUCAUAUGGGAGAUGGAGCAGCGUCAUCUGCAAGAGAAGUACCACCUUUUUAAGCAGCAGGUGAAGGAGCAGUAUUCACUGCAGAGACAACAGCUUACCAAGAGGCACAGCAAAGACACGGACAGGGCGCUGCAGUUCCACCGCACGUUAAUGGAUGAGCAGAAGGCCCAGCAGGCCCAGGAGAGGAACCAGCUCCAACGAGCCCAGCGCACCGAGGCCAAGGCCAGGCUGUCUCACUUCAAGGCGGAGCUAAAGAAACUAGGCCUGAGUGGACAAGAGCAAAGGCAGCGGGUCACAGCGUUUGUGUCGGAAGAUGAGGCCAGGCAGCGGGAGGAGAGGCAAUGUUUGCAGCAGGUGCAGGAGGUCCAGCUGGCGGAGGUGCAGGAGCAGUGUGACAGCAAUAUGGCCGAACUCCAGGAUCUACAGAAUGAGAAAUUGCAGCUGUUAGUUGAUAUGGAGAAGAAGAAGAUUCGGAGACUAGAGGAUGAACACGCACUGGAACUGAACGAGUGGAAAGACAAGUUGGCCAGCAGAAAAGAGGUGUUAGAGGAGGACCUGGCUCGGCGGAGGAGGGAAAAAGAGGGAGCAAAGAGACGGGGAAGUGAGCCGGAGGCCAGGUUUGCAGCUCGCCGCUCACGUUUCUUCCCAAGUCUCAGCUUUUCUUAACAGACCAGGACCUAACGAUAAAACAAUGUGGACAAAUCAAACUACUUUUAUACCAGACACACUCUCACAUGGAUUCAUAUACGUGUAUCACAGGCUAAUGUGAGGACAAUGGCUCAUAAUAAUGGCUGGAAUUAAGUGAAUAGAAUAGUAUGACACAUAUGAAAACCAUAUGUGUGAUGUGUGUUAUUCAUUCUAUUCAAGACAUUACUAUUACUUGUGAUUUGUACAGUGUAUUAAAAGGAAUUUAAAAAACAAUAUUAAUUAUUUUUAUACUUUAGCCUGAUUUAGGGGUGGACUGAUGGAUGUGUUGUAGGCUACUACUGUUCUUCCUAAUGCAGUUUUCUGUCCUUUUUUUCAAUUUAACCUAAUUUGUAAUUAAAAUCCAUUUCAAAUAUUUGCCAUGAAUUAUCUAUAUUGU